AUGGCUGGCGCUUAUGACACCGAACAACAAAGAAUUAUUGACCGAAGUGGAUGCAUCGCUUUUCUUGAGGCUCGUGAUGCUGGUGCAUCAUUUAUAAAUGGAGAAUGGAUUGAGAAAAAAAUUUAUCGCACGACUCGAUUUGUUACUGAAUGGUGGGAAAAAUCAUAUGAUCAAUACUAUGCUGCUUAUUCAAAUACUGGUCCGAAACUCAAAUUAUCUGCAGCAAGCCAAAACAUCACUCUUCAAUGA